CUAAACCCCCACUAACCCCCUCACACCCGCCGCCGCAAAACCCUAAACCCCGCCGCCAUGCGCCGCCUCCCGCCCCUCUCCCAGCGCGCCGCCGCGGCCGCCGCAUCCGCGCCCGCAUCCCCAUCCCCAUCCACCUCCACCCCCGACCUCGUCGCGGAGCUCGGCCGCGUCCUCUCCACGCGCCGCUGGAACAAGGGCCGGGCCUACAAGCGCCUGGCCCCCUCCGUGACCCCGGCCCUCGUCGCCGACCUCUUCCGCGCCCCCUCGGCCGCCCCCGACCCGGCCACGGCGCUCGCCUUCUUCGACUGGGUCGCGCGCCGCCAGGGCUUCCGCCACACGGCCGCCUCCCACGCCGCGCUCCUCCACCUCCUCUCGCGCUGGCGCUCCCCCGCGCGCUACGAGCCGCUCGUCUUCUCCAUGUUCGGCUGCUCGCGGACCGCCGAGGACGCGCGCGCCUCCGCCGACGCCCUGCGGGCAAUCUGCCGAACGGGUGCCGCGCGCCACGCGCUGUCCCCGGCCUGCUACAACUUCGCGCUCAGGUCGCUCGCCCGCUUCGACAUGACGGAGGAGAUGGAGCGGGUCUACUCGCAGCUCGUCGGGGACGGCCUGCUGCCGGACACCAAGACGUACAACGCCAUGAUUAAGUCCUACUGCAAGGAGGGCGACCUCCCCAAGGCGCACCGGUACUUCAAGCUGCUGCUGGAGUGUGGGCUGGAGCCGGACACGUUCACGUGUAACGCGCUGGUGCUGGGUUACUGCCGGGCGGGCAACAUCAGACGGGCCUGCUGGCUGUUGCUGAUGAUGCCGCUGAUCGGUUGCCAGAGAAAUGAGUACUCCUACACCAUUUUGAUUCAGGGCCUGUGCGAGGCGCGGCGUGUAAGGGAGGCACUUGUCCUGUUUUUGAUGAUGAGGGGUGAUGGGUGCUCCCCGAAUUCACACACAUACAAGUUCCUGAUCAGCGGCCUAUGUAAGGAGGGCAGGGUCGCCGACGCCAGGAUGUUGCUUGAUGAGAUGUCUCGGGGAGGUGUUGCUCCUAGUGUUAUAACAUAUAAUGCAAUGAUCGUAGGGUAUUGUAAGGCAGGAAGGAUGCAGGAUGCAUUGGGGAUUAAGGAGCUGAUGGAAGGAAAUGGGUGCCGCCCGGAUGACUGGACAUACGGCACUUUGAUCCAUGGCCUCUGUGAUGGGAAGAUGGAUGAAGCUGAGCAAUUGCUGGAUAGUGCUGUUAAAGGAGGUUUUACACCUACGGUUGUCACAUUCACUAACCUGAUCGAUGGGUACUGCAAAGCUGAAAGGAUUGAUGAUGCACUCAGGGUGAAAAAUAAUAUGAUGCUGAGUAAGUGUAAACUUGAUAUACAUGUUUAUGGGAAGUUGAUCAAUAGCCUCAUUAAGAAGGAUAGGUCAAAAGAGGCGAAGGAGUUGUUAGCUGAAAUUUCGGCAACUGGUUUGGUUCCAAAUGUGUUCACCUACACAUCUGUAAUUGAUGGCUUUUGCAAGAUCGGGAAGGUUGAUUUCGCACUAGAGGUCUUGAAAAUGAUGGAACGCGAUGAUUGCCAGCCAAAUGCAUGGACCUACAACUCUCUGAUGUAUGGGUUAAUUCAGGAUAAGAAACUUCACAACGCAAUGGCGCUGAUAACUAAAAUGCAAAAAGAUGGAAUAACUCCCGAUGUUAUCACCUAUACCACUUUGGUUCAAGGCCAGUGCAAUCAGCAUGAAUUUGAUAAUGCUUUCAGGUUACUUGAAAUGAUGGAGCAGAAUGGUCUGACACCCGAUGACCAAUUACACGCCGUCUUAACUGGUGCACUGUGCAAAGCUGGAAGGGCUGAAGAAGCUUAUUCAUUUCUUGUUAGAAAAGGAGUAGCCCUAACCAAGAUACUCUAUACUAUUUUAAUUGAUGGGUUCAGCAAGGCAGGCAAAAGUGACAUUGCCGCCACCCUCAUAGAUAGCAUGAUUGGUGAGGGGUGCACACCAGAUUCGUACACGUAUAGUGUACUGCUGCAUGCUUUAUGCAAACAAAAGAAGCUGCAGGAAGCUUUGCCGAUACUGGAUCAAAUGACUCAAAGGGGAAUAAAAUGUACCAUUUUUGCUUAUACAACUCUAAUCAACGAAAUGCUCAGAGAAGGGAAGCAUGACCAUGCUAAAAGGAUGUAUGAUGAAAUGGUUUCAUCAGGUCACAAGCCAAGUGCAACCACAUAUACUGUAUUCAUUAACUCAUACUGCAAGGAAGGUCGAGUGGAGGAGGCUGAGAACUUAAUUGUGGAAAUGGAGAGAGAAGGUGUUGCCCGUGAUGCAGUGACCUACAACACAUUCAUUGAUGGCUGUGGGAAUAUGGGAUAUAUUGAUCGCGCAUUUCAUACUCUGAAGCGCAUGAUGGAUGCAUCAUGUGAGCCAGAUUAUGCGAGCUACUGCAUUCUGCUCAAGCAUCUUCUAAAAGAGAAUUUUAAUUUCCAUUAUGUAGACACCUCCGGCAUGUGGAACUUCAUAGAGUUGGAUACUGUUUGGCAGUUUCUUGAAAGGAUGUCAAAACAUGGUUUGAAUCCCACAAUAACGACAUACAGUUCUCUCAUUGCAGGAUUCUGCAAAGCCAACCGCAUUGAAGAAGCAUGUGUUCUUUUUGAUCAUAUGUGCUGUAAAGAUAUACCACCCAAUGAAGAGAUAUACAAAUUACUUAUCAAGUGCUGUUGUGAUACCAAGUCCUUUGAGAAGGCCUCUUCAUUUGUGCACAACAUGAUACAACACAGGUUUCAGCCUCAUCUUGAAUCAUACCAGCUUCUUAUACUGGGAUUUUGUAACGAGGGAGAAUUUGAGAAGGCUAAAUCACUGUUCUGUGACUUGCUUGAACUGGGCUAUAAUCAUGAUGAAGUUGCAUGGAAAAUUCUAAAUGAUGGUUUGCUCAAAGGUGGUUAUGUUGAUAUAUGUUCUCAGAUGCUGUCUACCAUGGAGAAUAAACACUGUUCCAUUAGUUCUCAGACACAUGCUAUGGUGACCAAUGGCUUGCAUGAGGCAUCUGGCAGUCUGGUUGGUGAACUCCAAGGAGAAGCUCUUUGAGUCAGCUUGACUGAUAUGUUCAUGCUAAUAGAUGGUGUGUUUCAUUGGCCACACAUUUAGUCUGUAACUUUCAGUCCGAUGAAUAUAAUGGUUGCUAGACUUGUCACGAUUUAGCAAAUAUGAUCAAUUAUUGAUUGUGGUAGUCCAGUAAAGCAGAUACUUUGUUGAGAAAGUUGUACAGUACAAAACUUCGAUCAAGGCAUCAACUAACUAAAAGGUUGCAUGCAGUACCGCGUUCUACAUGACUGACUUGAGAUGAGCAACAUCCAGUUAGGAUGCCGUUUGAUCAGCUAAAUGCCAAUACAUGUUGCUCAAGCUGAUCUGUUUGUCAGAAACAGGAUUAUCAUACCAAUUCAUAUUCAAACCAAAGGCACUUUCUCGUCAUGCAGUUGGGAGAUAGUCAGUGUCAGGCUCACCCAAACCUAUGGCUUAUGGAGUCUCAUUGCUUGCUUUACUUUGGGGGUAAUCAAUUAUACCUGUCAUUCUUUGAUUGCCAUAUUUUGGUGGUAUAGAUGCCGUACAGUUCUUUUUACAUUGGAGAAGUUUAUUUUUGAAUGAUAUGACUCCUAUUAUGUAGUGAUUCUUAUCAGAGCAUUUAGUGUGGUGCGAAAUAAUGUAUCAACUUGAAAGAAUUAAACUUAAAAAAUAUUGGAUAGGUACAGACUUACUUUGUAAAAAAUAGAUAUGUAGAUAGACUUGUUUACUACUACCUUUGUCCUCGAAUGUAUGCCACUGUGGGGUGCAUAGAGUGAACCUUUAGAAAUCUUGAUGACUAAUAUGUGAGAAAGUACAAUUUAUUCAUUUUACAUAAUUAUUUUACGUUGUCCACGCUUAUUGUUUUCUAUAAAACAUGUUAUGUUCAGAAAUUAUAGUCAUAGUCCUGCAUCAGAGGCUGUAAAAGAACAUCAUACAUUUGUGAAUGGAGUAGGAUUUCUUGUUUAGCUAUGUUUUAUAUACUUUCAAAUCUUGGCCAACAAAGAACAGUGGUUUGGAUUGCAUUUUGCCACAUUGAGACAUCCAGUGGCGGAGACAGGGGAAUGCCAGCAGGGGCCCUGCCCCCCCCCCCCCCCCCCCCCCCCCCCCACACACACACACAGACACAUCAUGGUUUUGCUACUAAACUACUGAUGAAUAGUGCUGAAUUAGAGAUUUUUUACUAUUGAACAUCUAUUUUCCUAUGGACUGGCCCUCCCCAACCUAUUUCAACGGCACUUGACCCCCCUAAUCCAAAUUUUCUGCCUCCGCCACCGGAGACAUCAUUCAUCGUCCGUGGCGAGACUUUGACAACAUGAAACACGAUAGUUUGAUGCGGUAACACGUUCUACAAGACAGGCACUCAUUUGAACUCAAAGUGACAACUAGUUCAUGGUCCAGAGGGAGAGUGAGUGAGAGUGAUACUUGGCAAAGUGACAACUAGUUCAGUACUUUAACUCCUAAGAGUAAAUUGCAGCACAAGUUGCAUCUGGGCCAUGAACUAGAAAUCUGAAUAAGCGUGGUAAAUCAAUAUAUUCCUAGUCUCCUUCCUCUCUGCCCUUGUGGUGCCAGUGGGCCUGCCAUCAUGCCACCUGGUUCCAGGGCUAUCUCAUAUAGGCCUUAGCCCCCCUAUCCUACCAUGGUUAAUAACAUCUGCAUGGUCUGAAGCAUCACCAUUUUUCUAAAUCAAAUAGGUACGAGAGUAUAACUUGAGAUGUUAUUAGUCUAGUGAUGAAAUGCCGUUUAGCUGAUCAAGUGCAAAGAGCACCCUCAAGUGAAAGGUUGGGUUCAGUCAUUGCACUUGGAAACUGGAAUCUCUGGAUGACUGCGUAACCUACGUGAAGGCUUGCAUUGAUGCCUAAUUCAGAGAUGCCAAGACUUCAUGCUCUUAACUGAAGAGUAUCAAUCUCAGGUAUGUCUUCUGUGUUCGUCUAUCACACUGUCCUGUGAUUUCUAGGGAUGUCAAGUUUGCUCUCUUGUGCGGAUCUCUGAUUUUGGGCUUGCAGAGUGGCUUUUUGAAAAAUCGUGUCGUGUUCCCCAUUGAAUUACGAUAGCCUAAUGAUAAUUCCAUAUUAGCCAGAAGACCAAAACAGUAGUGUGAUUGUUGUUUUAACUGUAACUUUACACCCUUAAUACAGGCAUAUGGCUCCAGAGUACUUGCAUGCAUGCGAUCAUAAUGAGAAGAUUUCUGUGUUUUCAUACGGACUUUUGCUUCUCGAAUUGUCAAUCCAUUCUUGAUCAAUUGCAUAGGCAAAACCACUGCUUGAUUGAACAACAUGAAAGAGCCAGUGGACCCUUCUCAUGAUAUUGCAUAUUACCCAGAGAAGAACACGUGCCCCAACAGUUGCAUUCAUGUGCAUUCACCACAGCGCAAGUUCACGGCCUUGUAUGAAACCCGUACUCCGUUUCUUGGAAGGUAGAUAAUCACUUGAACAGAUGUGAGGACCUCAACUCCCAAAGCUCCACAUGUUCAACUCGUGAUUCAGAAGACUAGAAUGGACUCGGACACUCUAGCUACCUUGAUGAUGUGGAAUGCGGCACACGCAGGCUGCCUUGGAGCGGUGAAAUUUAGUAGGAGUAUAUCUGUUGACAGGUUAUUCCAUCUUUUGUAAAUCAUCGGUCUCUACAUUGUGAUCCUCCAGUUUUUCAUAUGUUGAAGAUUGCACGGAUUUGAGAGACCAAUCAUCA